CAGGAAGCAAGCUUAGAAACCACAAAAAAAAGUGACCUUGCUACUGCUGCUGCUGCUACUGCAUACAUACACACACACACACACACACACUCAGGCCUACACAUUCUCUACACACUGUUGUCACUCUCAGACGACUUCUUCUCACACAAACAAACUCACUGAGUGUCAGCGUCUCCAUCCCACCAGAACAACGUUGCAUGUUCUUGAAGCUGAAAAGCGUCCCUCAAUGGACGAGGUUCAGAGAUAAAGAGUGCACAUCGAAAUGUGUCUCAUUUGAACAUGAGUGCACAUCGAAAUAUGUCUCAUUUGAACAUGGAUCGUUGGAACAGAGGAGGCUGGAUAAAACAAAGAUCUAUUCACAAUGACGACUCGGACGAAGGAGACUACCAUGAGCCGGAGGAACCUGUAAUGCGUUUCCCCAGGCCGAGACAAUCGCCUACAGAGUAUGCAGACAACUGUCCUGUUAGGGAACAGCAGCCUUUUCCCAGUGGAACCAAAGAUAUCAAGAACAUUUUGGACGUUCCUCCACGACUGCCAAAGAGGCCUCCAGGAAGCGCAGCACCGAUUGUAAACCGCGACCUAAAACCAGGGAGACAGGGGAAGGUCACAUCAGAGCGAAGAUCAAAGACUUUAGGCUCAAAUGAACCGAUUACAAAAAUCCCACCGAGGCCAGUGAAAUCACUUCCACGUGACUGUUUUGAUAACACAGACCUUGCUCCUCCAUCCAGAGCUCCACCCUGUGCUCCAGUGCGUGCACCACCUGUAAACACACGCACUGCAGCAGAUGGAGCGAGUGUAUCAGAGAGCGAGAAUCUGAGUGACAGCAGAUUAACGGGUCUCCGAAGUGGCUCCAGUCACAGACACUCGCUGGAUCUUGAGUUACAUGAACAGGACAGAAGGUACCUGACGGAAGGGAGCGCUGGACGAGGUUCAAGCAGACAGAUGCACCAUGAGUGGCCUCAGGUGAAAGCAGAUACAGAUCAGGCCAGCUACACAGGACACAGCAAACCAGUGGAGGUAUCUACUGAGCAGGAAUGGUAUGUAGGAAGCUUUAGUAGAGUGGAAGCAGAACAUGCACUUCAUCUGGUGAACCAGGAGGGAGCUUUUCUAGUGCGCGACUGCUCCAGGAACACUAAACAGGAGCCCUUCGUCCUGGCCGUAUUUUACGACAACCGAGUCUUUAACGUGCAGAUUCGUUUUUGUACGCAGACCAACAAGUACACACUUGGAACCAGAAUCAAGACUGAUGAUGCGUUCGACUCGGUUGCGGACAUCAUCAAAUUCCACUCCAUAUUUCCCAUCUUGCUCAUCGAUGGACGAAACCCAUCAGUUGUGUCCACUCAAAAAAGACAGUGUGUCCUCAUGUAUCCCAUCACAGCAGAUGACAUGAAGAGACUGCUGGCCAGUAAACAAUAGAUGACGAGACAUAUCAUACUGAGGAACAAAUAUGCUCCAUCUGUAUGAAAUACAAUAAAAACCAUUUAGGUGUUGCACAAAUAUAUAAUAAAGACGUGAAGCGUGAAAUGAAGUGCUUCUAAGAUGAAAGA